CCUGUUCCAGAAUCCAGAGCCCCCCACCGACCCCGACCCGCCCUCCCCGCCACGCCACCUCCACCUCCACCUCCACGGCCUCGCCAUGCCGCCGCUGCCCACGAUGACCCACUCCUCCUCCUUCCUCCUCCCGUCCCCGCCUCAUCCCCCGGCCGACGCAACCGACGCCGAGAACGCGGUCUCCUACGCCGUCGUCGUCCUCAACCAGCGCCUCCCGCGCUUCGCGCCCCUGCUCUGGACCCGAGCGCAGCUGCGGGUGUGCGCGGACGGCGGCGCCAACCGGGUCUUCGACGGCAUGCCGGAGCUGCUCCCGGCCGAGGACCCCGACGAGGUCCGCCUCAGGUACAAGCCCGACGCAAUCGAAGGAGAUAUGGAUUCUGUAAGGCCAGAAGUGAAGGAAUACUAUUCCAGUUUGGGUACCCAAAUAAUCGACGAUUCACAUGAUCAGGACACCACAGACUUGAACAAGUGCAUAUCGUUCAUCACCAAAAAUCUGCCUGGGCCAGACAAUUCUAAUCUUUGCAUUCUUGUUCUUGGUGCGCUUGGAGGAAGGUUCGAUCACGAGAUGGGGAACAUCAACGUACUGUAUCGCUUCUCAAACACCAGGAUCAUCCUCCUGUCAGACGACUCCUCGAUCUUCCUGCUCCCAAGGACGCACAGUCACGAGAUCCGCAUCGAGCGGUCGAUCGAGGGUCCUCAUUGCGGGCUGAUCCCCAUGGGUGCGCCAUCAAACAGCAGCACCACCACCGGUCUGCGAUGGAACCUAGAUAGUACCAGCAUGAAGUAUGGUGGAUUAAUGAGCACAUCAAACAUUGUGGAGGACGAGAUUGCAACGGUCACUUCGGAUUCUGAUUUGAUUUGGACAAUAUCUCUUCGGAAACAUGCUUAAAUUGUGUUAUUGUACAGUAGGUUAUGGUCCAAAUUUUGGCUCGUCAGUUCUACGUGGAGGGGAUUCGACAAAUUUUAUUGUGAUGUGAUGAUAUAGUUCAUUCUAUUAGAUAUUUGGCGGAACCGGAGGGACAGGUGUCCAUGUAUGUCAGCAUCUUAUUGUCUUAUUUGUGCAUUUCAAAUUGUCAAAAAGCAACAUGCUUAUUCGAGCUGUGGACCCGUCCACAAUUUCUGA